CCGACAUCCAACGGUGUUAAUAUCUAACUUCAACCAAUACACAAAAUAGCGCCACCGUACACUAUUGUCUUCAGUGAGACAUUUUUAUCAGAUUGAAGGUUUUGUGGAGAUUCUAAUAAUUCGAUAGUUGAAUUAAUGAGUCAAUUAAAGCUUGACCAUCAUAGAAAACCAUGAUGCUCACUAAUGAUAAUAUUCAAAAGGUAUUUCCUGGAGUUCUAGUAAGAAGUAAUGACCAAUGGAGUUCAACCAUGUCUGUUAUGUGUUAAUUACUGAUUGAAGACAAUGGUGAAUGGUAUCACAAUAUCGUGAAUUGAUUGAUAUUAAACAUUAACACCGUUAGAUACCGGUUCAGGUUAAACAUUCACACAUGAAACCAAAUGUCCUGGGUUCGAAUUCCGCAUACAGGAUUGUGAUUGAGCAUAGUUCACCAAUCUCAUACUAGGUAGGACAAAACACCUACCCAAUACUUCCAGCUUUCCAAUGGUGAUCUAACUUGAAUCAACUCAUAAAAUCAACUAUUAAAGACAUCCUUUUUUUACUAAAAAAAAAAAAAAAACUGAUCCUGUCAGCUAAUCAAAAUAAUCAGGGCAGAUAUGUUAUUCUAUUAAAUAAGCCUCCCACUCAAUCUUAUUAAAAAAUUUCCCCUAUGAGUUGAAUUCAUUCAUAGGAUAGAUGUAAAAACAUGCAUAUACAUCUAUAGAGAGAGAGAAGGAAAAAAAAAUUCUAUUGAUUAGUUUUAUAGAUGAUAAGAGACUGUUACUAUAAGAAUGAAAGAGUGAUAAACUUCAAUAACAAGAACAACAAAAAAAAACACACACACACACACGCACAAAAGAAAACAACAACUCAAAGAUAUGACCCAUUGUAUCGAUUAACUCUCUUCAUUCUAAUAUUAUUUCUAAUACAAAAUAUUCAUACCUUUCAUAAUAAAUAGUUGAUUUUGAUUGGUUGUAUUGAUUAAAAUUGGGCUGGGUAAAUGAUAAAUGAAAUUUUGAUUAUACAAUGAGUUUGAGUGAUUUAAAAUUAUCCAAAAAAUUGAAUGUAAAUUUUUUUUUUUAAAUUUUAUAAUAAACUUAAUACAUUUACAUUAGUGUGUUUUCCCUCAGCAACAACAACAACAACAACAACGAUACCACCGACACCACCAUCACCACCACCAUCGUUAACAACAACAACAACAACAAUAAUCAUCAACAUCAAAAAAGUUUUUCAACUCACAAACAAUAAAUUCAUUUAUAGUUUUCAUUAUUGAAAUUCAUCAACGGAACAUACUUUUAAUGUAUUAAUUAGGAUAAAUAAACAAUAAAUUAAUUCAUUGACAAUAUGCCAGAAGAAACUGUAUCACCAAUGGAGUCAGAACCAUCUACUAUCCAUGAAAAAGUACAUCAUGAAGUGGACCCCAACGACCAUGUUGCAGUUGAAGGGUCCGGUGAAGAAUUCAAGCAAAAAAUGGAUGAUUUUAUCAAAGAAUUAGCAGUAAAAAUGCAUGUUCCAACAGGAGCUGUGAUUGCUAUGGUUAUUGGUGUGAUCCUAUUUGUUUUAUUAAUAUUGUUUUGUAUUUGUAAACGAUGCGUAUUCAAACGUCGAAAAAAGGAUCGUGGAGCGAAAAAAAGCAAAGCAGAUAUAAAAAGUGUACAACUUUUAGGCAAAGGUUUAGCUAAAGAUAAGGGAGAUCUAGAUGAAUUAGAAGCAAAUAUGGAAGAUAAUGAAGGUGUACAAGAGAAAGAAGAAGUCAAUUUGGGCAAACUACAAUAUUCUAUCGACUACGAUUUUACUCAAGGAGAGUUAACAGUUGGUGUAAUACAAGCUACUGAUUUGCCUGGAAUGGAUUUAUCUGGAACAUCUGAUCCAUAUGUUAAAGUGUUUCUAUUGCCUGAAAAGAAAAAGAAAUAUGAAACUAAAGUACAUCGAAAAACAUUAAAUCCAGUAUUCAAUGAAACAUUUGUGUUUAAAGUUCCAUAUGCUGAGGUCGGGGGCAAAACUCUAGUGUUCAAUGUUUAUGAUUUCGACAGAUUUUCGAAACAUGAUCAAAUAGGUCAAAUUCAAGUACCACUUGGAUCUGUUGAUUUGGCACGCGUAAUUGAGGAAUGGCGUGAUUUAAGUCCUCCUGAUGAUGAUGAAAAGGAAAAUCGUCUUGGUGAUAUUUGUUUCUCAUUACGUUAUGUCCCAACUGCUGGAAAAUUAACUAUCAAUAUUUUGGAAGCUAAAAAUCUCAAGAAAAUGGAUGUUGGUGGAUUAUCUGAUCCAUAUGUUAAACUUUCUCUAAUGUUGGGAGGGAAGAGAAUUAAAAAGAAGAAGACUACUAUUAAGAAAUGCACAUUAAAUCCUUAUUACAAUGAAUCAUUUGCAUUUGAAGUACCAUUUGAACAAAUCCAAAAAGUAACAUUAAUUGUGAUUGUGGUAGAUUAUGAUCGAAUUGGUACAUCAGAAGCAAUUGGCCGAGUUGUUUUAGGUUGUAAUGAAACAGGAGCAGGUUUACGUCACUGGUCAGAUAUGUUAGCUAAUCCUCGUCGACCUAUUGCACAAUGGCACACUUUACAACCAAUGCCUGAAAAAGGUUAA